CUGUGUGGCGGUGAAAGGUCUAUGACUGAAACCCAUAUACCAGGGUACAUUUCCUACAGGCAAUGGAAUUGGCCUGUGGUACUGUAACAUAGGUGUGGAGUGUUUUCAAGGCUGGAUCCAGCACACCAGAGGGUCUUUUCUUUGUUCUUUGUUGACAGUACUAUGUAAGUUGUGAUGGUUACUUUACGUAAGAGAUUUGAUGGCAAAGAGUCAUCUUGCAAAGGUAGUGUCAGGUUUAGCAUUUUGUGUGUGAGGUUUUGUGUAAGCAGUUUUGAUAAAGCCGUUAUUGUUUUGAGAAACGUGUGUUAACAAUUGUGAAAAAUUGUAAUAUUUUAAAAUCAAAUCAAAUUUACAGUAUUUGUAUAGCCCUUUUUACAAGGAAUGUCACAAAGGGCUUCACAUACGCCCAUAGAACUGCCCCUCAUCAACCUCAAGCUUCAAGGAAGACAAGGAAAAAACUCACAGAAAAACUCACUUGAGGAGAAAAAAAUUACUAAGAAACCUUGGGAUGAGAAAUUCAGUGAGGGAUCCCCUCCUCCAGAGAUGGUUGGCGAAAGAGAGGUGCAGAACACAGUAAACAUAGUCAUACAUCAGGAAAGUGUCAAUGGGUGUUGAAACACCAAAAUCCAGUGUUUCGAAAUCCAAAACCCAUUUUCUUUAUUGCUACAGUAAAUGAAUUUACUGUGUAAACAUAAACAAAUUAUUCUUUACAUGUAACUACAUGCCCUGGAUGCUGUGUUCUCCAUUUUUUUGUAUUGUGUCUAAUGAUUGCUCCAUAGUGUUUAUAUAUUGAUUGGUUGUGUUUAUGAUUUGAAAGCAUAGUUUGAUUUUGAGCACAGGUUACAUGGUUUAGGAGCGAGUGUUUGAUUUUGCCGGAAGAGACAGAGGUUUUGGAAAUUGAGUUUGAAUAUUUGGUUUUGUGUUUACAGUUUUGACAAAAUGGUUGACUGUUUCAAGAAAUGUGUUUUAGCAAUCAUGAAAAACUGUAAUGUACCUGGCUAUACUGUAGUGUGUAGAGUGGUAUAACAGUCACCAUGGUAGCUCACUAUGGGUCUCACGGUCAUCAGCACAUUUCCUGCCAUUGUAAAUACAAAGAGGCCAGGGGUCACCGUGGGGUCACACACUCACCGGUAGAGCUGAUCUCUCAGUUUAAUAGGUAUUAGAAUUGAUGACGUUAAGCAUACGUAACAUCUAGGCAGGAUUGCAUGGUUCUACCUAGGGAUGUUGGACAGAAUAGAAUGUCUGGUCAGUUGAUGACUGAAGAAUCCUGGAAUUAUGUCAGAACAUGGUUAUUCUAUAAUGGAGUCCAUAGUGCAAGAGAACUGAGUAAACUUUAACUAUUUACUGUCGGCCUUGUUUUAGAAAGUUUGCGUUUUUAAGGGGUCACUUUUUACUUUAGUCUUACCUACUUUUAUCAAGUCUUAUCUACAACCACUGUUACUGGUACAAGCAGAUAAAAUAUAUUCUUCUACUUUUGCUGCAUGCAGUAGGCUACUGGUUGUACUCCCCUGGAUUUCCUCUGUUACUUGGUAUAGUUCACCAGAGGUGUGCUAAUCGUCAACCCUGCUCUAACUUUGUUGGUUGGUUGACUACCUUGAUCUGCACAAGCUAACAGACGCUCCGAAUGACAUCUAAUAGAGAGGGUGGGCGCUGUGCCGAGAUGGCUAUGGUGUGUCUCACAGACUUCGAGGAGUAUGCCAAGGAGCACCUGUCCAAGGCCACCUGGGACUACUAUGCCGCCGGAGCAGACGAAUGCUGCACCAGGGAUGACAAUUUGCUGGCCUACAAACGGAUCCGGCUGAGGCCGCGCGUACUGCGUGACGUGUCUGUGAGCGACACCAGGACCACGGUCCUUGGCACGGAGAUCAGCUUCCCAGUGGGCAUCGCACCAACAGCCUUCCACUGUCUGGCCUGGCACGAGGGAGAAGUGGCCACUGCUAGGGCUACGGAGUCUGUGAACACCUGCUACAUCACCAGCACCUACUCGACCUGCUCGGUAGAAGAAAUUGUGGCUGCAGCUCCUACCGGCUACCGCUGGUUCCAGCUGUACGUGUACCGGGACCGCAAGCUGUCCGAGCAGCUUGUCAACCGGGUAGAGGCGCUGGGAUACAAGGCCCUUGUUCUCACUGUUGACGUUCCCUACACCGGUAAGCGCCGCAGCGACAUACGCAACCAGUUCCAGCUGCCACCACAUCUGAAGGUGAAGAACUUUGAUGGGGUCUUCCAGGUAACGGAGACCGCAGGGCCAGAGGAGUACGGGGUCCCAGCCAACACCCUGGACCCCUCCAUCAGCUGGAAGGACGUGUACUGGCUGCAGUCCCUCACCCGCCUGCCCAUCAUCAUCAAGGGCAUCCUGACCAAGGAGGACGCUGAGCUGGCCGUGGAGCACGGCGUCCAGGGCAUCAUCGUGUCCAAUCACGGGGGUCGGCAGCUGGAUGGAGGUCCGGCCACGAUAGAUGUCCUGUCUGAGAUCGUGGACAUGGUGCAGGGCAGGAUCGAGGUGUACCUGGACGGAGGGAUCCGCACAGGCAGCGACGUGCUGAAGGCCGUGGCCCUGGGAGCCAAGUGUGUGUUCAUUGGCAGGCCAGCCGUGUGGGGCCUUGCCUACAAGGGUGAAGAUGGGGUGAAGGAAGUACUGCAGAUUUUAAAUGAUGAGUUCCGUCUGUCCAUGGCUUUAUCUGGGUGCAGGAACGUGGCUGAGAUAAACAAGAAUCUGAUUCAGUUAGCCAAACUUUGAGAUGACAGCAGGGGCUUAAGCAAGACAACUAUGACCACAUAAUAACUAGUCAAACUGUGGCUUUCUGCUUUGAGUUUCAGAUCAUAAAUAUCUCUUAAAGAAUUGAGAAUUUGACAGCAUUAUUCAUUCACAUAUGGAUCUUACAGUGCAUGCUAUAAUAUAACUUUUCAAUAUGAAAAAAAGCUUCUGGAAUAUGUAAUCAUAGAUUGAUAGUUCAUUUCUGUACCUUGAGGUCACUAAUUGGCCACUAUCGGAAAGCAAGAUGGCCUCUGAUGCAAACUAUUUCAGACUCUCAGGCUGAUUGGGUGACUACAGUGUAGGUGUGGGCAGAGUGGCUUGAGUAAGUGAAAUAGGAACGGGAGGAUGCUGCAACAGUGGGGUUUGCACGUCCUCAGAUCUGAUAGUAAUGAUUGUUAUGGUUGUAAGAUGAAGAUAGAGCGCUAUGAAUGGAAAAAACACUAAAGCAUUACACUACUAGCAAUGGUAGAUCUAGUAUGUUGUAUUCUAGAGUGUAAUGUCUCCAAAAAGAGUGAAACAGUGAUGGCCUCAACUGUAGAGUCAAGAGAGGCUUGAUGCUUGAUGACUUGAGAUCUGACGACUUUGAGAUUAAAAACUUUGUUACUGGA